AAUGAAUUCCCAAUGAAGACCUGGCUUGUUCUUCUCCAGAUUGCUGUCAUUUGCCAAAUUGCUUGGAGUGCCGAUGAACCCUGCAAUUUUGAACAUGAACCCAUUUGCGUAUUGCUAGAAGAUUGCGGUUUUACACUGUACAGCAAAUGUCUAUUCGACAUACAUAAACGAUUUAUUGAUAAUGAUGGCAGACCACCCCUUAAAGAAUAUAUAAAAGGAUAUUGUCCGGAAGAGAAAAAACAGUGCUUCUACAGUCAAAUACUGUCAGGAAUAACUUUUGAAUCCGUUUAAUAAUAAGUACACUCAUAAAUGUAAAAAAAACUUUAUAUAAUUGUUAUUGCAAAAUUAUUUUGUUUAGUAAAUUAAAUAUUUGAAAUGUUUUUGUA